GGAUGAUCAGGAGCUUCACAUAGAGGAGAAGCAGCAACAAACAGGGAGACUAUCGCUAACAAAUCCCGGACCUCAGCUCCGUAAAUCUGUAUUCAUCCUUGGACGUUUCAAGUUUACCCGCAUCGAAACCAGCGAGAGCAUAAAGUACGCACUUGAGGCUUUCUAUCGAGCACAUUAUUACAUCCGUGUGAGGUUUAUAUCGUUUAAAAACAAGUGGCGAAAGAUUCCUGGAGCUGACGCGACCCAGAGAGGACACAGAAGACAGUUUCUCGCGUCAGGACAGCGCUCUGUGUUCGAUGUUUUUCGUGUUCUGCCUUUAAACACUCUUGAACUUUUACACCGAACAUUUUUGAAACAUUUUGGAGCUAGCGAGUGCGCUUGCUAGCCAACCACAGCUGGUCAGAAAUGGAGUUAAGAGUGGGAAACCGAUACAGACUGGGCAGGAAAAUUGGAAGUGGAUCAUUUGGAGACAUCUACUUGGGCACUGAUAUCUCAGUUGGAGAGGAGGUCGCCAUCAAACUGGAAUGUGUGAAGACCAAACACCCACAGCUCCACAUAGAGAGCAAAAUCUACAAGAUGAUGCAGGGUGGAGUGGGUAUUCCAACAAUAAAGUGGUGUGGAGCUGAGGGUGACUAUAACGUGAUGGUGAUGGAGCUGCUGGGGCCCAGUCUGGAGGAUCUGUUCAACUUCUGCUCACGGAAGUUCAGCCUCAAAACAGUCCUGCUGCUCGCUGACCAGAUGAUCAGCCGCAUUGAAUACAUCCACUCCAAGAACUUCAUCCACAGAGACGUGAAGCCCGACAACUUCCUCAUGGGUCUGGGUAAGAAAGGCAACCUGGUUUACAUCAUCGACUUUGGCCUGGCCAAGAAGUACCGCGACGCCCGCACACACCAGCACAUCCCGUACCGAGAGAACAAGAACCUGACCGGCACGGCCCGCUACGCCUCCAUAAACACACACCUGGGCAUUGAACAGUCCAGACGGGACGACUUGGAGUCGCUGGGUUACGUCCUCAUGUACUUCAACCUGGGCUCUCUGCCCUGGCAAGGCCUCAAAGCAGCCACCAAGAGGCAGAAGUACGAACGCAUCAGUGAGAAGAAAAUGUCCACGCCCAUCGAGGUCCUCUGCAAAGGCUACCCAUCCGAGUUUGCCACCUACUUGAACUUCUGUCGCUCUCUGCGCUUCGACGACAAACCCGACUACUCGUAUCUCCGCCAGCUCUUCAGGAACCUCUUCCACAGACAGGGCUUCUCCUAUGACUACGUCUUUGACUGGAACAUGCUCAAGUUUGGAGCCAACAGAGCCGCAGAGGACGCCGAGCGGGAACGCCAGGAGCGGGAAGAGAGGAUGAGGCACAGUAGGAAUCCUGGAGCCAGAGGCAUGGCAUCAGCCUCAGGAAGAGCCAGGGCCACUCAGGACGUCACAGCACCCUCCCCACUGAACCCCACGUCACAUACAGGUUUAGAGAAAGAGCGAAAAGUGAGCAUGCGUCUUCAUCGUGGAGCACCUGUCAACAUCUCGUCCUCAGACCUGACGGGGCGCCAGGACACAUCCCGCAUGUCCACCUCCCAGGCUCUGUCCCGAGUCACGCCCAGCGGCCUCCAGUCUGCAGCUCCACGGUGAAGUCCUCCCACCCACCACUGCACCAUGGAGGCCUCAACAUGCCACACACACACACACACAGACACACACUUUCAUAGACACACACACACACUCACAUGUACACUGGACUCUUGAAUGAUGCAGAAGACUACCAACCAAUGCACAAGAGUCUGGCUGCACUCUUGUUUAGACAGUCACAACACCACCACCACCACAGGUGUGUUUGUGUGUGUGAUGGAGAGAGACGGGCGGGUGGAGUCAGUCUGGUUGCCUUAACCACCUUGGCAAAGUCGCAGCCAUUGUCUCCCUACUUCUUCUUCUUCUUUUUCUCCUCCUUCUUCUUCUGCCGCCGUGGAAGUUGUGGGAACUCUCCGCUCUCCUCGCCCUCGCUGUUGUUGAAGCCAUGGAUCCGUUUUUAUUUGGCGUCAUGUUUGUUUAUGUUUUUUAAUUUAGGUUUUUACUCAUUUUUAUUCUUCUAUGAUUAAACUUCCUCUCACACCCGCUCCACUGGUCAGACUUUCCGAGGUUUUGAAAAAGGAGAACGAGUCUCUUACUUAACUGAAAAUUGAUUGUGGGACAUUUUUUUAAAAAAGAAGGUGCAUGAUCCAUCGUGGCAGUGUUAAAGCACAGUGCCUACGCUCCAUUUGUCCUGAAAGACACUUUUAAAUAUCACAAGUCAACAUUUUCCUUUUCUUUUUUUUGUCUUCUUAGGUGUUUGAGGAUUACAUUUUAAAGGCAGUUUUUAAGAAGGGGCAAAAGCUCCCGUUAAUGUGCGUUUUC